AUGUCAGGAUUCGAUCUGAAUGCAAGUCCAACAGAGGUUGAUGACAUUGACAUGGAUCCUCCUUUUUGCACUCAAGCUCCACCAGCGGAGAUGGUUGAAGAAUCUCCAGACCCGAUAGGCAGCGACCAUGAAGUUGGUGGUGGUUCAAAUGACCACAGCGGUAGAGGCCCGCAUAACAAUACAGAUUCACGCAAUGUUGGGAACAACAGCAUCCCGACUACUACAAUGCCUACAGAAUCUACCACUUAUCCAGAGUUUGAAGAUGGUGAAGAUGACAUAGCUGGCAUGCAUGAAGUUCUUUCCACCCCAACAGAACCAUUUCUUGGUAUGCGGUUUGAUACUGUCGAAGCAGCAAGAGUACAUUAUAAUGCUUAUGCAGCGAAAUUGGGUUUCACAGUUAAGUCUCACACAUCCCAAAGGAACAGACAUACAGGCACACUGGAGAAGCAGCAGUUUGUAUGCAACAAAUUCCGCAAACCUAAAACAGAUGAUGAGUUGCAGAGGGAAAGGAUGAACAUUAUUGAAGAAGUGAGCCCAGUACAGAUGGAUGAAGAAAAUUCAGAAGGACAUGAUGAAGAUGACGAAGCUGGAGCAUCAAAAAGAAGUUCUAGUAGAUUAGCGGUUAAGCGCAAGAGAGAAACUAUCAAGCAGACAAGUUGUCAUGCUAGAAUGUUUGUGAAGCUAAUAAACAACAAGUGGGAGGUGACCUAUUUUAUUGCAGAGCAUAACCACGCCAUGGUUGACAAGCCAUCCCUCACAAAAUACUUGAGAUCACACAAGGGGCGCAUGAUGGAGAUUAUGUCUGAAUUUUAUGGUGAAGAUGCUUUUGUCCCAUAUGGCCCUAAAACGAUAUCAAACUUGAGGUCAGAAUUCAGGAGUGAGAACAAGGAAUAUGACAUAAGUGAGACACUUGACUAUUUCAAGGACUUGAAGCAGAAAGACCCAGAUUUCUUCUAUGAUUUCUCGUUGGACGAUGAGAGCAGAGUUGAACACAUAUUCUGGGUCGACAGUGUUGCGAGGAAAGCUUAUGAAGAAUCCUAUCAUGAUUGCGUGUCUUUUGACACAACCUUCUUGACAAAUCGCUUCAGCAUGCCUUUUGCCCCCUUCGUCGGGAUAAACAGACAUGGACAGUCAUACAUGCUGGGUUGUGGUUUGAUUCGAGAUGAGAAACAAGAAAGUUUUGAGUGGCUUUUCCGCACUUUCCUUAAAGCAAUGCAUGGCACGCAACCGUCGAACAUAAUCAUAGAUCAGGACUGGGCUAUGAGGUCUGCGAUACAAGCUAUUUUCCCAGAAACCUGGCAUCGAAACUGUCGCUGGCAUAUAAUGAAGAAAGCUAAUGAGAAACUUGGUUCUUUCUUAGGAAGGCGUCCAGGUUUGGCUGAAGAAUUCAACUCAUGUGUUGAUGAGAGUUGGACUGUAGAAGAGUUUGAAGCCCGUUGGCAAGAAAUGGUUCUGAAGUGGGAAUUGGCAGGAAAUGAAACAUUUGCUUGGUUAAAGAAAAAUGCCCACACAUGGGUUCCAUGUUACUUCAAAGAUCGCUUCUUCCCCUUCUUGCAGUCAACUCAGAGAAGUGAGGGCUUCAACGCUGUGCUGAAGCGGUAUAUUCAUCCUCACAACUCAAUUAAGCAUUUUGUGAAGCAAUAUGAGAAAAUUCAGCGGAAAAUUUUAGGAGUUGAGGGGAACAAUGACUACAGGACAGAACAGCUUGAGGUAGUGCCACAAACAACUUUCCCGAUUGAGAAGCAUGCGCUUUCAGUUUAUACAAGGGAUAUCUACCACAGAUUCAAAGUUGAGUUUGAACUCAUUGGUAGGUACAAUGUGCAGGUUCUUGCACCAAACAUGUACUACUUGGUUCCUAACAGUGAGAGGUGCUACCCAUACGGGGAAAGAAGCUACAUGGUAAAUGCAAGUGGUGAAAAUAGCUACAACUGUGACUGCUGCAAGUUUCAGCGCGACGGUUUGCUUUGCUGUCACGUCUUAAAGGUGUUCACACACAUAGGCAUUGAUAGGAUACCAGAGAGGUACAUCACAAGGAGGUGGACUCAACUUGCAGUUGAAAGUGUCACAAUGCCUACUGGUCCUGCGUUGGAUGAGUUGAUGCCGGAACAGUCGCGACAGAAGUUGCGUUAUGCAAAUUUAUGUACAUCAUUUGUACAGGUUGCUAAACUGGGCAGUGAGACUGAACAAGCAGAAGCUAUUGCUCGCAGACACAUUAGGGAGAUGAAGGCUGAGUUUGUGCAAUUGAAGAAAGUACGGAGGAAAAGGGCUAAAAGCAAUACAUCUACAAAUGCAGCACAUCCAACAGUACCUACUUCUGCGCAUCAGCAUACAACAGAUCCUAAUGCCCCGCAACAUACACCUAGAGCUAAUGCACAUCAGCAUACAGCUAGUCGUAAUGCCCCGCAACCUACACCUAGACCUAAUGCACAUCAGCAAACAGCAGAUCGUAGUGGACAGUAA